AUGGAUUCAAAUUUACCAUCUUCAAAACGCAACAAAAGAAGUAAAGAUGGUCAUGAUAUAUUAAAAUAUUUCAAAAAAAAGAAGGCUGAUGAUACAACUUCUACAAUCUGUUCAUCAGCAGUCACAUCUAAUAGUUCAAUCUCAAAUGAACAAUCGAAUGUAGCAGUAAGUGUGGAAAAUAAAGAAGAAUUAACAACAGCAGAGGUGGUAUUUGAAAGCGAAGUUUCAACUCAAGCAAACAAUGACAUAAUAAUAACAGAGAGUGAUAUAGAAGAUGAACCAGCACCAAGUAAUUCAUCUUCAGUUCGACAAACAACAACACCAACCACAACAAUGAUGGAAUGUUCAACUGAUAAAACUUUUGUGGAUGAAAUUGGAGUUCAACUUCGUAUAAUUGAAACAUUGUUUGAGUCAUGCCAAAAGCUGAUCAAAUCAUCUACAUCAAUUGACAUUUGCCCAGAAAUAUUUGUAGAACAAUCAAACGUUUUUGCUGAAAAAAUUGUCCAAUAUGGAACUGAUUUGAAAAAUUUAUGUACAAGUUUUAUAUCAAUGAUAGAAACAAAUCGAAAUAAUAUAAUAGUAACUAAUCCAAAACAAGAUAAAUUAAUUGAUCGUGAUCCAGGUUCAUACAACAGCAACUACAAAUUUACGGAAGAAGAAUUACGGUAUUUUGCUUCAGUAGGUCCAUUACAAAUUAAAUUAGAUCAUUAUCCAAGAAAUGAAGAAUUAUAUACAACUGGAAAGACAUGCAGAUUUGCAACAAAAUGGUAUGAAGAACACUCAUACCUAGAAUAUAGUGAAAAAAAAGAUGCUGCAUUUUGCUUUACUUGUCGAUUAUUUACCGAUGGACCAGGAAGUGAAAAACAUGCUGAUGCUUGGACAUCGAAUGGUGUUCGUAAACUCGAACAACACUUCUCAUCGAUUGCGCAUGUAGCAUCAGUUAAUCGCUACUUAAAUUUUAAAACAAAGAAAUUGAAUGUUGAUUUAAUGCUUGACAAUAAUAGACGUAAAGAAAAUCAAGAACAAGAAAAAAUUCUACAAUUAAAUAAAGAAGUAAUCGUUACUUUACUCGAUUCAGCAAGAUUUCUUGCAGCACAAGGUUUAGCAUUUCGUCGAGAACCGGAAAAUGAAGGUAACUUCAUUCAACUUAUUCAAUUACAACGUCGAAAUAAUCAUAUAUUGAAUGAUUGGUUUUUAAAAGCAAAAUUAGAUAAAUAUCAAGUAUCGUACUUAAGUCACCGAUCACAAGACGAUAUCAAAAGAUACCAUGUUCUUCGUGAACAGCUGGACAAAUCACCUUAUGGAUUAAGUGUUAAAUCAUUAUCAGGAACGAGAUGGAGUGCAAAUUAUGAAUCAAUUCAUAGUGUCAUUGAAUCAUAUGAUAUAAUUCUUCAGUGUUUAAUUUUAGUUGAAGAAGAAACAAAUUUUGAUAAAGAAACAAUGUUAAAAGGAAGAGCUUUAAAGAAUAAAUUGAUGUCGUAUGAAAUUUUCGUUUUAUUAAAAUUUUUAGAAAAUAUUACAAGAACAACACAUUCAUUAACAAAGCAUUUACAAUCGAAAGAACUCGAUAUACUUUCGUCAAUAGAUUUAAUUGAUAGUACUUUGAAAUUAAUAAAAAUAAUGAGAAAUGAUGAUCAAUCAUUGAUAAACAUUCUAAUAUGUGGAGAAGAACAUGGUAAACUAUACGAUGUUGAUAUUGAGAAAGAAUUUGACCGAUUGCACCGGCCUCGUCAACGAUCAUGUCGGUUUGAUUCUAAACCGGAAACAGCUGUUCGUUUAACUAGACAGUCAUUUUAUUUAAAACUAUUUCGUGAAAUAUUAGAUCAUUUGUAUACAACGUAUGCAGAUUAUCUUAAAGUUUUAAAAGAAAAAUUAAAAUGGUUUAAUAAUAUAACACCUGAUCGGAUUGAACAGUUAACAUUAGCUGAAUGUGAGCACAUGUGUGCAAUAGUGCCAAAUUUGAUAAGUGCACAGUUAUUAUAUACUGAAUUUCAAUUAUUAACUGAUAAAAUAAAAGAAUGUGAUGAUAUGAGUCAAGUUAUCAGAUUAUUACAACAAUCUGGUCAUUUAUAUCCCAAGUUGUCAAAAGUGUAUAAUUUUAUCUUAACAUUACCAAUAUCAAUUGCGAAACAUUUAUCACUAUGUUCAGUUGAACGUGAUUUAAUAGAAAAAUUAAAUUUAUCAAAACUUUCUAAUGAUUGGCCAAUAACAAAUGUGUAUCAUGAAAAAUCAAGCGAUUGUUUUUUGAGCAAUAUUUGA